UCUUCUCCAAGACCUUAACACUUCAAUUAUUGUUACAGCUAUUGCUUUUUAUGUAGUUUUCCAUUAUCUUUCUCGCAAUAAUAAAUCUGAUCAUAAGCAAAAAUCACCGCCUGAAGCUGGUGGAGCUUGGCCUAUUCUCGGCCACUUAUACCUUUUCAGAGGUUCUAAACUUCCUCACGUAGCCCUGGGAGACAUGGCCGACAAGUAUGGACCAGCCUUCACUGUUCGGAUUGGCGCGCACAGAGUGUUGGUGGUCAGCGACUCGAAAUUGGCCAAAGAACUCUCCACUGUCCACGACGUUCACAUUUCGUCUCGUCCCAAGUUUCGAGCCGCCAAAAACAUGGGUUACAACUACGUAAUGUUUGGUUUCUCUCCCUAUGGGCCUUACUGGCGCGAGAUUCGCAAGCUUAUCUCCAUAGAACUAUUGUCACGCCGGCGGCUUGAGCAGCUGAAGCACAUAAGAGUGUCCGAGAUCGAUACCUCUAUAAAGGAGCUGUAUAAGCUUUGGACUGAAAAUAAAAAUUCAGACGACCAUUCCGCCGCCGGCCGUGUUUUGGUGGAAAUGAAGAAGUGGUUCGCGGACCUAACACUCAACGUGGUCCUUCAAAUGGUGGCCGGAAAACGAUACUUUGGUACUGCGGCGGUUAGUGAUGAAAAAGAGGGGCAACGUUGCCAAAGGGUGUUGAGGGAUUUUGUUAAAUUUGUUGGGGUUUUUGUGCCGGCGGAUGCCCUGCCUUUCUUGGGAUGGUUCGAUAUCGGGGGAUAUGAGAAAUCCAUGAAAGAAGUUGCUAAAGAAAUGGACUCUCUUAUGCACGAAUGGAUACAAGAGCACCGUCUAAAGAAAGAGGCGACGGCCGCGGGUGAGGGAUGUAUUGUCAUUGGCAACGAGAAAGAUUUCAUAGACGGGAUGCUUUCACGAAUAGAAGGGAUUAAUCUUAAUGGCUGUGACACAGACACCGUUAUCAAAUCUACGUGCUUGAAUUUGAUUGCGGGAGGAGCAGAUACGGUCAUGGUCAUGCUAACGUGGGCUCAAGAAGAACUAGAUAUGGUGGUUGGCAAGGAAAGAAAAGUAAAUGAAUCAGAUAUUAAUAAUUUGGUGUAUCUGCAAUGUAUUAUCAAAGAAACACUUAGGAUGUACCCAGCAACUCCACUUGGAGGUCCAAGAAUAUUCACGGAAGAUUGCAAACUAUCAAAAUUUGAUGUUCCAAAAGGUACAUGGUUGCUCUUUAACCUAUGGAAACUCCAACGAGAUCCACAAAUUUGGUCUAAUCCUCUUGAAUUCAAUCCAGAAAGGUUUAUCAAUCGCCACAAAGAGAUUGAUGUUUUGGGACAGGAUUUUGAGUUGAUUCCAUUUGGUGCUGGUAGAAGAAUAUGUCCAGGGAUAACUCUUAGUCUUCAAAUAUUGUCCUUGGUCUUGGCUAAUUUAUUUACAUUCAUUUGAACUCUCAAAUGUCUCUAAUGGAGCAAUUGAUAUGACUGAGACAACUGGAACAAGCAAUUUCAAAGCUGCACCGCUUGAAAUUCUCAUAGCUCCUCGUCCCUCUGUUUAUCUGUAUUAGUUAACCACACAUUAAUUAAUAUGUGCGCUUGUGUUUGUUUGUAUCUGUGUCUGUGUAUGUGUAUGUAUGUUCACUGGAAAGAGCUUCCAUGGACAUCAUGAUUUACCAGAUCUCUAUGGCCUGUAUGUAAGUUCCUUUCAGUUCUACUAUAUAUGUAAAAUUACAUGAAUAAAAAGGCUUGAUAUUCCUAUUAA